AGAAUCUCUCUUUGUCAAUCCCUGUGACUGCUUGGGGAUUGUUUGUAUACCAAAUACCAGAUUACUAAGAAGUAUUUUGAUCUUGAAAUGGCUGAAAUUGCAGUCAAGAACGUGGAAAAUGCUUGCGAAACUGCAGAAGAAUUCACCAAAGUAUUUUAUAAGCAAGUGGACAACAGCAGGCACUUAACCUCCAAAUUGUAUCUGGACACCGGACUUUUGGUUUGGAAUGGAAACGGCAUAACUGGCAGUGAUAGAAUUCAGCAGUUUUUAUUGGACUUGCCGGCCAGCAACCAUGUGCUAAAAACUUUGGACGCUCAACCCAUUGCGGAAGCUUUAGUGAAUAAUAAGCUGACGUACCUUAUUCAGGCGUGCGGAGACGUGACCUACCAGAAUGACGAUGUGAAGAAGCCAUUCCAGCAGACUUUCCUGAUUGUGGCGGUCGACGGCAAGUGGAAGAUCGCGUCGGAUUGCUUUAGAUUGCAAGUACCAUACUCUACCUAAUAUGGUGAAACUGGGACGCAGGAAAAUGAAUUGUGUGCUAACAUUAUGCAAGAAAGAACAUAAGUGGACAUGACUGUGUUUUAAUCCUAGAACUAUUUCCUUAAGAAGAAUAUAGAAUAAUAAAAACUACCAUUGUAAUUUCUAAUAUUUAAUACAAAAUGUAAGACUAAUUUA